CUUUCUUUAUACUUUCUCCCGCUGGCACCGCUGCGGAUUGCUCUCAUCUCUCUCCAGGUUUCUCUCUCCUCCGUCUCUACCUCUCGAAUUCUGAUCUUAUGCUAUGUUGGUUGACCGUAGAUAUCAGUUUGAAAUGCAUUGAUUCAUAGAGUUAAAAAGGUUUUCUGAUUACAUACACAACUGAUAUCCAAUUUUACUGGGCGAAAUACGAUUGUGCCUCUGUUGCUUUUCGAGCUUUGUCCACAGGGGAAGAUACGAGAUUGACAUCACUUGUUGAUUGUGAGCGAUGAUCAGGCUUUUUGAUUCUCAUUGUCACUUACAAGAUUCGAGAAUCUUGAAUGUGGCUCCUAAACUUAUAAAAGAGGCCCUUGAUACCGGUGUCCUUCACUUUGCCGUAAAUGGAGUGUCUGAGAAGGACUGGCAUUUGGUCAAGGAGAUGAGUGAAACCCAUCCUUCAGUUGUUCCGAACUUUGGCCUUCAUCCCUGGUUUAUAUCCGAUAGAACUCCCGAUUGGCUGAAGACGUUGAAAGAUUUCCUGGUAUCCACUCCCUCUGCUGCAGUAGGAGAGAUUGGUUUGGACAAAGGGUCUACUGGGAAGAAGAUAGAUUUUACAGAUCAAGUUGAAGUCUUCCGCCAACAGCUCCAACUCGCGAAAGAGCUGAAUAAACCAGCAUCUAUCCAUUGUGUGCGUGCCUUUGGCGAUCUUCUUGAGAUUCUGAAAUCCGAGGGGCCUUUCCCUGCUGGUCUGGUAUUGCACUCGUUUCUUGGCUCUGCUGAGAUGGUUCCUGAAUUAUCUAAGCUUGGUGCUUACUUCUCGUUUUCUGGGUUUCUCAUGUCGAUGAAAGAGAGCAAGGCGAAGAAAAUGUUGAAGUCUGUUCCUCCUGAAAGGAUUCUGUUGGAGACAGAUGCUCCGGAUGCCCGGCCAAGCUCGGUUGAUCCGGAUUCUCUAUUUGUGAUCAAGACAGAGGUCUCCAGUGGCGACGAAGAUACUUCAAUUGUGGAGGAGAAUAUCAAUCAUCCCGCAAACAUUCAUCAUAUACUUGCUUAUGUCGCACAUUUUCUUGAAAUGGAGGAAAAGGAACUGGCUCAACUCAGCUAUGAAAAUGCAGUACGCCUCUUCUCUUACAAGGGCUCAAAGCUGGUGCAGGGCUAACGAAAUUCCCCAAAA